AUGUCAAGAAGAGCAGAAUAUAUGUAUGGAACUCGCCUUAAUGAAUCAAAGACAAAGUCAAGUGGAAAUGGGUUAAAUCCAAAUCAGAAGAAGAGUGUUUCAAUACCAUACUCAUCUCAUACUAUAAUUAUAAAAAAAGAGAGUACUUAUAUAAUUGAUGGAAUCACUUUUGAAUUUAUUCCUACUCCUAACACAGAAGCACCUGCAAAUAUGAUGUUUUACUUACCUGAGCUUCAUGCACUUUGUUGUGCUGAUAAUAUGCCACAAACUAUGCACAAUUUACUAACUCCAAGAGGAGCUAAAGUUAGAAGUGGAAAGGUUUGGAGUCAAUACAUAGAUAAUACCAUAGUAAAAUAUGGGAAGGAUGUUCAAAUUCAUUUUGCUUGUCAUAACUGGCCUUUAUAUGGAAAUAAAAAAAUUGUUAAUUACUGGAAAACCAAUAGAGAUUUGUACAAGUACAUUCAUGACCAAACCCUUCGUUAUGCUAAUCUUGGAUAUUCACCAAAUGAAAUAGCUCAAUUAGUUAAAUUACCACCAUCUUUAGCAAACAAGUUUUGUUGUAGAGAAUUUUAUGGUGUUUUAUCAUUUAAUAUUAAAUCUCAAUACCAAUUAUAUCUUGGAUGGUAUGAUGGUAACCCUGCUCAUUUGAAUGAACUCCCUCCAAAAGAACAAGCAAUAAAGUAUAUUAAAUGUUUUGGAGGAGAAGAAAAGGCUUUCCUGAUUGGUAAAGAAGCUUUUGAUACUGGAGACUAUAACUGGGCUGUAACUGUAUUAAACCAUUUAGUAUUCUAUAACCCACAAAACCUUCGUGCUAGAAAUCUACUUGCUCAAACAUAUGACCAAUUAAGUUAUGUUCAAGAAUCAUUAGCAUUUAAAUAUAGUUAUUCUACUGGUGCAAUGGAACUAAGAGAAAGUUCUUAUCAGAAGCCAUUAAAGCCUGCAGUUGAUAUUGAUUUAUUACCUCUUUAUUCUUUUGGUAAUCUUCUUUCUGUAUCAAUAAGUCCAGAAUUACUCAAAGGGAUUGAAGGGGAGAUUAAACUGACAACAACUCAUCCUGAAGAAUGUAUUACAUUGAUUAUAAGUAAUUGUGUUUUACACUCUAGAACAACACCUUCAGAAUCUAAGUUUUUUAUAAAGAUAGAAAGAAUAUUACUAGUAAAGUUAUUUACUAAAGAAAUUAAACUGUGUAACUUAAUAGAAGACAAAAGCAUUGAAACUAAUUGCGUUGAAUUGAUAAUGCAACUAAUUGAUGCUGUAGAACUCUCAAGGACUCGCUAUUCUAUUAUUGAACCAAUAAUCUAA